AUGAGCGGUACGCGCCCCUUGCGGGCCUUCGAACCUCAAUUUCAAGCCCUCCGCAACCUGCUCGACCUGGCACGAGAUAUGGCCAGCCGCGAGGGCGCACCGCGUAUUGGUUUACAGCUUGUAUCCUCCAUCGGUGUGGUCGGGCUCGCAGAGGGUCCUCGGGUUCGGGAGCAGAGAUUCCCUCUCUCCGCAGCCAUGCCUAUUGGCUACUGCGAAGCAAAGUGGGUAUGUGAGCGCUGGCUGGAAGAGACGUUGCACAAACACCACUCUGAGCACUUCCGGACUAUGAUCGUGCGGCGUGGCCAGAUUGCCGGUUCGAGCAGGACCGGCUUCUGGAACCCCGUAGAGCACUUCGCCUUCCUAGUCAAGUCGGCCCAGUCGCUGCAGGUGUGGCCCGACUUCGACGGGGUUCUACAAUGGGUGCCGGUGGACAAGUGUGCCCGUGCCAUACCCUGGAAGGAGAUGUCGCCUGUGUUGGCGGAUGCCCUCGGCAUUCCGCCCUGCAACAUCAUCCCAUUCCGGGAAUGGUGCAAACGUGUACGCUCCUCGCCACUGUCAACUGAGGCCGAAAAUCCGGCUAAAAAGCUUAUUGAUUUCCUUUAUCACAAUUUUGAGAGGAUGUCCUGUGGCGGUCUGAUCUUGGACACAGCGAAGGCCCAGGAGCACUCUCCGACGAUGGCGGGAAUGGGACCCGUGGGGUUUGACAUCGCUCGCAGGUAUGUCGCGUCUUGGAAAGAUAUGGGAUAUAUUCAUUCGUAA